AUGGAAGCCCCUAUGGGGCAGCUGACACUGCUGGAGGAGGAGGAGGGGUGCUCUGGAGGUGAAGAUGCCCCUGAGGAGGAGGGUGCUGUAGAGUUUGCCUCUGCCUUGGAUGAGGUGGACAAGGGCUUUCAGUGCCCUAAGGAAGAGGACACAGUGAAACUGGAGGGCAUUUCUGGAUGCAAGACCUGCCCCCGCUUCCGGCCGGUAAGGAAGGCCCAGCAAUUUCAAUGUGCUCAGAGUAUCUGCAGGAGGUGCUACCAAGGCAACCUCAUCUCCAUACACAGCUACAACUUAGAUUAUCGCAUCUUCUGCUCAGCCAGAGGACUCAACGAAAAUGAGGUCUGGAUUGGAGCCAUCAACCGGGGCUGGUUCAAGAGCCAGAGCUUUCAAUGGACCGAUGGGAGCUGCUGGCAUUUUGGAUACUGGGCCUCAGGGCAGCCUUUCCAAGGGCAAGGCAACUGUGUGACCCUGUGCACCACAGAUACUGGCCCCUACUUUGUAUUCUCCCAGCCACCAGCGUGUGAGUUCACAGUCCCCAACUUCUGA